AUGGAAACUGGCUCGGCCCUCUAUGAUGUCAAGAAGGCCAUCGGUGGUGCCCGAACAGGUCUAGCGAAAAAGGCAGGUUAUACUAUUGUGCCGAAGAAGAGGAAAAAUACUAGCAAAAAGUCUAAAAAGAUGGAGAAGCUUUUUCGUGGAUGGGCGAAACAUAAGGUUACCAAGGAGGAAAUCGGUAGACAUGAGGUUCUCUUCGGUCCUUGA